UUUAAUGGUGUUACACCUGAGUAUAAGCAUGCACACAGAAAGCACUUCAGUUUGUCGCUGAGCUUCUGCGUCACACUACUGCUCUACGUUUUAGUUGUGCUUUGGUGUCAUCCCCAGGGACACUUUGACACAUGAACACGAGGAGCUUGGGAUCACAGCCGACUCUAUGAGAGCUGAAGAAACGAUAAUGAAAACCAAUCAUAUUGUGGUUAAAGUUGGUUUUCUUCCUUACCCAGACUGUGUCCACAGUUUCAGGCCAACACAUGCUCAAACCUGAGUGUGCAUGCAUGACAGCAAAUACGAUGGAGGGUUUGCAAAUCCGAUUUGAUUUUCCCAGCCCUGUCAUACAGGCCCAGACGGUGAGAAAUCUUGUUGCUGCUGUGCUAAAGGAGAAAGGGCCAAAUGGGCAGAUCACACAGUCCUCCUCACAGGGUCCGGCGCUGGAAACUCUGUGGCAGCAGUGCUGCAGUGACUGUGCUCUUGUGCGUUCAGCCUGCUGUGAUGCUGUGGUGCUGCUGGUGGAUCAAGGCCACGCAGACCUGCACUGCGUCCUCCACAGCGUCCUCAACCUCCUGCCAUCUGCCAGAAAUGUCCAGGGGCUGAUAAAGGUCAUUGGACGGCUGCUACAGAUGCAGGCAGACCAGAGAGACAAACAAACACACUUCACCUGUCCAUACUCCAUCAGGAGCAGCCCUCACCCAUACAUCACAGCCCUGGAGAACCGAGUGGACUGCUGGCCAGUUCUGCUGCUGGAGAUUGAUGACUUCAUUCAGCAGGCUGCUGACAGAAAUGAAUCAGCCUACAUCUCCAUGCUGGUCCCCUUCCUGCAGUACCUGUAUUGUGAACCUCAGAGGCAAACUCAGCAUGCCCUUCUGCGACACAGUCUCCUCAGGGUGCUUCUGCCGAUUCAUCAAGGAGCUGGGUCAGGCCUCCAGAACAAGGACCAAAAGCAGAUCUCCCAAGUGUCCGACAGCCUUCUGCACUGCCUCUGUCAACUACUGCCUCACAUGCAGGUGGACAGUGUGGAGGCAGUGCUGGAGCUGUGUGCAUUCGUAGAGGCUCUGCUUCAGGGUCUCAUGGCAGCCCCCGAGGAGAGCUGGAGGACCGAGAGAGUCGGGCUGCUCCUGCAGCUGCUUUGUGCCUGUCAGCGUUGCCUUGACUUAAAUGGAGACUGUCGACCCCUUCUCAGCUUGUUACAGCAGCUGCUGCCAAGCUGCCAACAGGAGCUGCCAUUGGAUGAGCUCUUGAUGGGCGUGGCCCUGCUCUUGCUCCAGGCCCCUGCAUCUCAGCAGAGCGACCUGCUCACUCUGGCCCUGAGUUUAGUCACUGAGCAGGCUGAGCUGUCGACCUGGUUGAGUCCCAUCCUGGUUCUUCCUGUGCUGCAGCUCCUCUCCUGCUCAAGCCUUACCGAGCCGCUGUCUGACCGGCGGACUCACAGGCUCAACCAGGACUUGGCCCACUGCCUGGUUCGCUGCAUCAGCAGAGAGCCUGAUAAAACACGACAGUCUGGUCCACCAUUGUCACGUCCUCUCAGUUCCUGGUACAACAAACUCAGUGUGGCUCUGUCCGUACUGCGCAAAUUGGCAGACAACCCAGCAGCGGCAGCCGAUUGGCUGCUGUCUGUCAGCUCUGCCCUAUCGUCAAGCCAUCGCCAGCUCUGCUCUGUCAGCCUCAUUGUGACUCAUCUCAUCAUCACGGGUCAGGAGGACGUCUGCCAGCUGGCUCUGAAUACAAGCCAGGCCAUCGCUGCAGCCGACCCCUGCCAGGUCCCUUCUCUGAUUCCUGUUCUUUUGUUCAAACUGGGGAAGGUCAAGAAUCCAGGGCAGGCUCAUGCUGUGUUGAACUGCCUGCCAAAUCUCGGGACUCAUAAGCUCUGCGUCCCCAUGGUGCUGCAGACUCUUCACAUCCUGGCCAGCACCCCUAAACUGAGAGCAGUGGCAAUGCGCCUCAUGACUGCUCUUUGGAAGAAACAGGAUCGAAUUUACCCGGAGCUGCAGCGGCUGCUGGGCCAGCAGGACAGUAGGGUGGUGGUGGGGAGGGACACCCAGUGGGAGCAGACUCUGGCCAGGGCCGCCUGCCUCAGGGACAUCUGCAGAGAGAGGCCCUACCAACAUGGAGGUGACAUGCUGGCUGCCAUUACACUCACUCUAAACCGGUGCACCAGACCGGAUAUGGCAACCCCUGCUGCCCUUGCCCUGCAAGGAUUACAGGAGCUGUGUCGAGCAGAGGUAGUGGACAUCAUCUCAACAUGGAGAAGUCUUGGGCCCGAGCUGAGCUGUGACUCCCGUCCACUGAUGGUCAGGGCCAUAGCUGAACUUUUGGCUCUGAUUCCCCAGCUCACUGUCAAGGCAGAGGAGUAUGAGAAACUGAAAGGGGAAGUGGUCAGCUUUCUUUGGAAUUAUGCUGCGAGCAAGGAUCCAGAAGUGGCCAGCUGUGGCUAUAGGGCUUUGGCAGAUUUUCCUGAAACCGUCCACACAGUAAACCUCCUUCCUGAGGCAGCCAGACCAGAUAUAAAGCACCCUGAAAAUGAGGAGGAUCAACAGGGGAAUGAGAAAGAGGAAGAAGAGAAGGAUCUCUCCAUCCCAGGUUCAUCUUAUGUGAAGCUGAUGGUUCUCACCCCCUCAUCUGUUCUGCCUGCAUUUGAGCUCUUCCUAACGUCACUGGUGAAGCAGGAGAUGAGCCAGAUGCCUCGGGGGGUAUACUUCUCUGCCCUGAGGGGUGGGAACCUACGCUCAGACCAGGGAAAAACAGUGGCAGGAAUUCCAUCAUUCAUACUGAAAACAUACGAGAAAAACAAGCAGCCCGGGCUGAAGCCUGGCCUAGCAGCUGGACUGUUGCUGUGUUACGAGCUGCCUGUGCAGACAGAUCGUGACGGGAGACCAAUCACUCGUUUCCUCGUAAGCCGCAGCCGCAGCUACCAGCAAAUCUUGGCAGCCCUCAUUCAUGAAGUGAACAUUCAACCCUCUGAAUGGCACCGUGCUCUCCUCCUGCCCCAAGCCUGGAGAGGUUUCAUGAGCCGAACUUUCCAUGCGGUUAUACAGGGUCGACGUGCGGAUUUGGAGAUGCAGCAGAAACAAGGCAAAGAGAACCCACAGGAGCUGCAGUAUAAACAACACUGUGCCUGGCUGUGGACCAGAGAUCAGCUGGCAGAUGUCAUCAAAGCUGCUACAAAGGAUAGUCCUGUUGUUCAGGGAAACUCCAUCCUGGCUCUGAGCGGCCUGGCUGCUGUCCUUGCCAAAUAUGAGAGCAACCUGCCUGCUGAUAGCGACGGCAGCCUUGGGGCUGGACCAGAGUUUGUUCCCACAGCCAGUUGGUUAGCCAUGGUUCUCAACACCCUGCUCAGCAUCAGCGGCAGCAACUACAAGCCCGCAGGACAAGUUUUCCCAUGGUUCCUACAUCGCUCCUACUCAGGUGAGAACACAGCAAGUGCCAUAGCUCGCUCCUGUGCCAGUCUGGCAUUAUCCCUGCUGGUUCCAGUGCUGGUGGUGUGGCAGAGGGACGCUCUUGUCCAGGUUCUGUCCGUACUGCGGGCUGGCCUGCCAAGCUCGCCCAGCACUGACGACUCCCAGGCCGUCCAGUUCCACUCCGGCCUCGCCCUUGGCAUGGUGCUGUCCAGUCUGCACCGCCAACACCUCAGUGAUGUCUCAGUUCAGAAGGACGUUGAUCUCCUCCUCAGCUCUCUGGACACUUUAGAAAGUUGCUGCUUCAACCCCAGUCUGGAAUACAGAACUGGCUGUGUGCUGGGUCUGGCUCUGGUGCUUGCAGCUCUCUGCAGCAAUGGACAGACAGACCAACAUGUCCACGUCACACAAACACUGGACAAGCUGCUGUCCAACUUGCAGGAGAGCAGUGGGCAGAGUCGCAUGCUUCAGGAGGUCUUGGCGUAUUCUGUGGCGUGUGUGGGCGUCUCGGCCUUCAGCGGAGGCCUUAUAGAUGCUCCCAAGGCCGAGAUGGUCAUGAACACUCUGCGCACCCUGACUGAAGAGAGCCAGCAUACUCCAGGCUUCUCCCUGGCUUUAGGGCUGGUGGUCCACGGCCUGUCAACGUCCGGUCAUGGUAAAGCAGAAGACAUCCAUCCUCGUCUGCUGGCUGCGUGGGUCAAGAUCUUACUGGCUGAGGGUUGUCCCACCAUGCAGCGACUGGCUGCCCUCAACGGCCUGGUGGCUUUAGUCGGAUCUGAGAGCUACCUCAUUCAGCUAACAAGUGACUUGGAGCUUUCGUCCCAGCAGCAGAACAGGCUGAAUGAGGUUAUUCGAGCCAUCACACAGAUCAUAACAUUCUCAGGAGCCAUUGGUUUGCAGUCCAACAGUGCUUGUUUGGUGGGUCAUUUGCAUUUGGCCCAUAUGUCCACCAGUCACAGUCACACAGCAGUUCCUCAGGAUUUCAGUUACCUCCCAGAGAAAAGUGUCAUCAGGUCCAUUAUUGACUUCCUCACAGAGGCAGGAAAGAAAGGUCCAGAGUUUGCCCAUCCAGCUUUGGUCAAGACUGCUCUGGCCCCCAUGGCAUCAGUGGGAGCCAAUUUCCAGUACCCACCCAUCAACUGGAGUGCUGUCCUGUCUCCUUUGAUGAGGCUCAGCUUCGGAGAGGAUGUACAGCAUCAGUGUGUGGUGCUGGCAGCGUGUCAAGCUCAGUCUUCUCAGAGUGCCUCUCUCUUUCUGGGCUCCUGGCUGUCACCACCCUUAGUACACAGUCUCAGUUGCCAGACUAGGGCUCACCUGUAUGAAAGCUUGGGCUUGUGGAUGAAGCAUGUUGCUGAAGACAAGCUCCAGGUCUACAUGGAGAGUCUGGGCCUGCAGCAGUUUCAAGAGGACCUUCGACCCCAUCGUCUGUCCCUGUGCCACUCCCUGCUGCAGGGUCUCGCUCAGGCCAUGGCCCUCCCAAAUCCCCCUAACAACUGCUGGACUAUCCUGCGCUCCACUACUGAGAAGAUCUUCGCCAUCCUUCCCAACCAAAUCCAGGAUAAUGAAGUGGAUUUAUAUGUGGGAAUCACCAAAUGUCUGUCAGAGCUGUCUGAUCCAGAGAUUGAUCGAAUCGCUCAAGUCACAGAGACUCAGAUGGAGAAGACCUGCUUCAUCCUGGCUUACUUGACCUCCCAAGGUAGAGUUCCUCUCCUGGGUCUCAAUGACGUCAUUGCUGGUGUGCUUCGUGGUUGGCCAAGCCACAAAGUUGGCUGGCUCCUCAUGCAGAGCUUUUACCAGUGUCGCCUGUCCACCAACCCCAAUACAGGUGUUCUAAAACGAAUGGAGUGGCUUCUGGAGCUGAUGGGACACAUCCGAAAUGUUGCCUACGGUGCAACCUCUGUCGCAUGCGGAGACGUUAAACUGGCAACAGACUUCCUUUUUCAGGUUUUUGCUGCUGCAGUAAUUUCCUGGGGUGACCAGUUCAUGCCCCUCCUCCUUGGCAUCAGGGCCCAGUGGUUCCCAUGGCAACCUGGCUCCAAGCCCCCAAUUCUACAACACUGUCUGUAUGGUGAGGAGUCAUUCACUGAGCACACCCUGCCGCAGUGCCUGCUGGGAUUCUCCCACAGCCUGGCUCUGCUCCUGGACAAAGAGCCGUGGAGCAGCUGCACUAACAAGUUCAUAGACUGGCUUCUCAGCAUCACAGAAGGUCCUGAAGAGUGUUUGUCAGUCACCACCAUCAGCACAGCCAGAGCCGCCCUGUUGGCCCUGAGGUCCUCUGCUGAGUUCAAGAAGAAAGCUGUGUGGACCAGAGCAUAUGGCUGGUAGAACACGGAGGCCAUGCCAGACUGUCACCGUGUCAUAUUUGGAGACAGCUGAGGUUCACUUCACACCAUGGACUGCCCCUGUAGUUCUGCAUCAGUUGCAUAUCAGCAUGGCAGUGCCAAGAGGAAUGUGCUUUGUCCAAACAAUAUAUGCCCAUUAAAAGUUCAUUACUUACAGUUCACUUACAGCAAAUAUUUAUUGGUGUUGAAUUUUGAGUCUCUCGAGGUCUUGUAAUUUAGAUUUUAUUGAUCACAUCUUAGAGACAUCAAACUCUGAGUUAAAAAAAAGUAACAAAAGCAACAAAAAUUUAAACCACCAAAGCAUUCAGUCCAUUCAGUCAUUUUCUUUUCAUCUUCUUGUUCCAUUUGUCCAUUUGUUGUUGUCUCUCCUUCAGCAGCUGCCAGACUGUUACAAACGCCCCUGAAAAGAUAUCAUUGGUGUUAGAAAAUGAGAAAAAAACUAAACAGCAUGUGUGAUGUGGUUUGUCUGUACUCUUGUGGUAUUUAUGGCACAGAUUAUCUUAACAGCUUGUCAUUACAUCAUGAAGUGUAAAUCCAGUGGCAACAAAAAAACUGUGUAAAGAUGGGCUUAUUGUCAAAUGUAGUGGUAGCAAAAUGAUUUGGUAUUAAGCUGUAGUCUCAUUCAGUGAGCCAUGACUCAAUUAUUCUAAACAAAGAGCUGAUUUCUAACUUUGUUAGACUGGGACCACACAGCUGGAACAAUCAAAAAACAAACCAAGAUUCCAGUCCGACUACAGUCUGACUUUAAAUUGACGUCAGUUAUUUACAAGUAAGCUCUUCAUCACUUCACGACUGGCAGUUACUACUUCUUUUGUGUAGUGUAAGACUUGAGGUUGCGCCAGCUGUUGUGAAUGUAAU